AUGGAUCGUCUCUUACGUCUUGGAGGAGGUAUGGCAGGUUUGUCUCAAGCUCCUCCUCCUACUGACGCACCUGUAGUGGAUACUGCUGAGCAAGUGUAUAUAUCUUCGUUGGCGUUGUUAAAAAUGUUGAAACAUGGUCGAGCAGGUGUGCCGAUGGAAGUCAUGGGCCUUAUGUUAGGUGAAUUUGUUGAUGAUUACACGGUCAGAGUUAUUGAUGUGUUUGCAAUGCCCCAAACUGGCACUGGAGUGUCAGUAGAAGCUGUUGAUCCUGUAUUCCAAGCAAAAAUGUUGGAUAUGUUGAAACAAACUGGACGACCCGAGAUGGUUGUUGGCUGGUACCAUUCACAUCCUGGUUUUGGUUGUUGGCUGUCUGGUGUUGAUAUUAACACUCAGCAAUCAUUUGAAGCAUUAUCUGAGAGGGCUGUAGCAGUUGUAGUUGACCCCAUACAGUCAGUUAAAGGCAAAGUGGUCAUAGAUGCAUUCCGCCUCAUUAAUCCAAAUAUGAUGGUCCUAGGACAAGAGCCAAGGCAAACAACUUCAAACCUGGGCCACUUACAGAAGCCUUCAGUACAAGCAUUGAUCCAUGGUCUAAAUCGUCACUACUAUUCUAUUAGCAUAAACUACAGAAAGAAUGAGUUGGAGCAAAAAAUGUUGCUUAAUCUUCAUAAAAAAUCUUGGAUGGAUGGACUUACACUAUCAGACUACAAAGAGCACUGCGUAAUAAAUGAAACGACAGUUACAGAUAUGCUUGAGUUAGCCAAAAAUUACAAUAAGGCUCUUGAGGAUGAGGAAAAGAUGACUCCAGAACAGCUCGCAAUAAAGAAUGUUGGCAAACAAGAUCCUAAGAGACAUUUGGAAGAGAAGGUUGAUAUUUUGAUGGCUAAUAACAUUGUGCAGUCCCUUGGAGCUAUGCUUGAUACAAUGGUAUUUAAA